AUGGGCCAAUACUACGUAAUCAAGUACCCCAGGGGAACAGGCUACAGCAACAGCCUCAGCGUCGCGCAGAAGGCAUGGGUUCUCCAGCAUACCCUGGGACCGGAAUAUUCCGUGUACGGUCCAGGGAACGACAACAACGACAAAUUUGCGGCGCAGAAGGCCAGCGAUGGAGGUCCGAAUUGCGAGGACCGGUAUUGGGUUACCAAGGGCUUGCUCAAGGCGAUUCAGGACUAUGAGGCGGAGAUUAGGGAGGAGAUUUCGAUUGAUGGAACGCCAGCUAAGUUUCUGGAUUAG